AAAUCCUAGAGGCUGGUGUUAAAGGAGCUUCAGAAUCCCUUAAAGGUGUGAAACGAAAGAAGAUUGUCACUGAGAAUCACCUGAAGAAAAUACCAAAAUCCCCCCUGAGAAAUCCUCUCCAGGCAAAACACAAACAAAACACAGAGGAGUUGGCUUUUGCUGGUCUUCAGAGUGCUUCAGAGCCUCACAAGAAACAGAAUUAUAUUCCUGUCAAAAAUGGGAAGCAGUUUGCCAAACAAAAUGGAGAAAGACCUGGUAUAACUGCCGAGGUCUCCAAGUCUGAAGACCCCGUGUCCCCCAAGAAGCCCCCGCUCCUGCAGCACCCGUCAGAACUGCGAAGAUGGAGAUCAGAAGGCGCGGACCCAGCCGGGCUCAGUGUCCUGGAUGAAAAACGGGACACAAGCUCCUUGUGCAGCAAAACCAGGACUGACAACAGUGAAUGUAUCCCUUCCCAUGGCUGUGCCACUCCCCCCUCAUAUACAAACACCGCCUUCGAUGUCUUACUGAAAGCGAUGGAGCCAGAGCUGAGCACCUUGUCACAAAAGGGCUCAUCGUGUGCAAUUAAGACAGAAAAACUGAGACCAAAUAAACCUGCACGAUCCCCUUCACAAUUAAAACUCAGUUCUGUGGGUGCCCCAAAUCAGACUUCACAAGACUUUGUUGCCAAGUCGCAGUGCUCUCCCUGUACCUCAUACACAGUGCAUGUGGCCACUGCUCAGAAGAAUGAGCCAGUGGCUGUUCAAUCCGUUUCUCACCAGUAUAAUCCACAGGAACACUUUGUUUCCAAACCUAACCAACACAGUCAGCAGCUUCCGGGGCGUGCAGGUUUCACAGGAUCACUAAUGAAUCUGCAAACUCAAGAGAAUGCUAAACUUGACCAGGUGUAUAAUAUAGCAAUGACGUCAACCAUAGGUCUCACUUCACCUUCCAGUAGAACUCAGGUUACUCCUCCAAACCAGCAAAUGGAUUCUGCUUCACCCUUGUCAAUAAGUCCAGCCAAUUCCACACAGUCUCCCCCCACGCCAAUCUAUAAUUCAACUCACGUUGCCUCUGUUGUUAAUCAAAGCGUAGAACAAAUGUGCAAUCUUCUUCUGAGAGAUCAGAAGCCAAAAAAACAAGGAAAAUAUAUCUGUGAGUAUUGCAAUAGAGCUUGUGCAAAGCCUAGUGUGCUUUUAAAGCAUAUCCGCUCCCACACUGGAGAGCGGCCCUACCCCUGUGUGACUUGCGGAUUUUCCUUUAAGACUAAAAGUAAUCUGUAUAAGCACAAAAAAUCCCACGCACAUACUAUCAAACUGGGUCUUGUCUUGCAACCAGAUGCUGGUGGUUUGUUCUUAUCCCAGGAGUCCCCAAAAGCACUUAGUGUCCAGUCAGAUGUAGAAGACAGUGGGGAGAGCGAGGAGGAGGGCCCCGGUGAGGGGAGACAGAAUGACCCCAAUACUGCAGAGCUGCAGCCUGUGCAAAUAGUGAAGAAAGUAGCAAGUUCUGAACCCGUCGUAGCAAAAUCAGCUUCUGUUCUGGGCAGUUCAGAUCAUGUUGCAGGUGACUUUUCAUCACAGGACAGAUCUUCAGAAUCACAGGCACUGGCAGAGUUACCAAAAGUUGUGGUCCACCCUGUCAGCACGUCCCCCUUGAGAACCGAUAGUCCCAAGGUUGUCAGUCCCAAACCUGAACUUUCUAGUGCUCAGAGACAGAAGGACCUCCAGGUCGCAACCAUACUGUCCCAUUCAGUCAGUGUGUCCUCCCUCGAGACUGAUGAGAAAUCCCAUCCAAAAGGGGACCUGAGUCAGCCAGAAGGAAAACAAGAGUGUCAUGGAGGAGCAGUACAUGCCCAACUCCAAAGGCAGCAGGCCACCGAUUACUCCCAAGAGCAGCAAGGCAAACUCCUGAGUCCUCGGAGUUUAGGAAGUACGGAUUCUGGCUACUUUUCACGGUCUGAAAGUGCUGAUCAAGCAGUGAGUCCUCCAACUCCCUUUGCUAGAACCUUCCCCACCACAGAACCAGAUUCCACUAAGAAUAAUGGACCCUCUACACCUCGAAUCGGUACACCAGCACCCCCUGCUUUGACAGCAGGGGAAAAACCAUUGCUCUUAGCAGGCCAGAUGCGCCCGCCAUUAGCCACAAAAACACUGGAGGAGCGGAUAUCAAAGCUUAUCUCAGACAAUGAGGCCCUGGUAGAUGAUAAGCAGCUGGACAGUGUCAAGCCACGGAGAACCUCCCUCUCCAGACGAGGAAGCAUCGAUUCCCCCAAGUCCUACAUAUUUAAAGAUUCUUUCCAGUUUGACCUAAAACCAAUGGGGCGGAGAACAAGUUCAAGUUCUGAUAUACCAAAGUCCCCAUUUACCCCUACUGAGAAGUCAAAACAAGUGUUUCUCCUGUCAGUACCCUCCCUUGACUGCUUGCCUAUUACAAGAAGUAACUCCAUGCCAACAACAGGUUACUCAGCAGUCCCUGCAAAUUUAAUUCCUCCCCCUCACCCACUAAGAGGAAGCCAGUCAUUUGAUGACAAAAUUGGCGCUUUCUAUGAUGAUGUCUUUGUCUCAGGACCCAACACUUCAGUACCCCCAAGUGGACAUCCCCGUCCUCUCGUCCGGCAGGCAGCAGUAGAAGACUCUUUGGCCAAUGAGAACCAUGUUCUUGGCACUGGCCAGUCCUUGGAUGAGAGCUGUCAAGGAUGCCCUGCUACCAGUGAAGCUGGGUCAGCCCGGAACAAGGCUGUGGCACCAGGCUCACACCUAGAGAAAAAGAAGUCUCACCAAGGACGAGGGACCAUGUUUGAGUGUGAAACCUGUAGAAAUAGAUACAGGAAAUUGGAGAAUUUUGAAAACCAUAAGAAAUUUUACUGUUCAGAGUUACAUGGACCCAAAACCAAGGUAACUAUGAGAGAGCCUGAACACAGCCCUGUAGCUGGCGGGACACAGCCCCAAGUUCUGCACUACAGAGUUGCUGGUUCCACAGGUGUCUGGGAGCAGACGCCCCAGAUCAGAAAAAGGAGGAAAAUGAAAAGUGUUGGAGAUGAUGAGGAGCUUCAGCCAAAUGAAAGUGGAACGUCUCCCAAAAGCUCUGAUGCCCUUCAGCUGCAGAGUGCCUCAGGCUCUGCUCCCAGCCUGUCCAAACAGGCCACUGCCAUGACCAGUGACCAGCAGCCCAGGAGCAUACAGCUGCACAACUCCCAGGUUCCACUGAUGGCCAGGGGCCCUGAGCAGACCAUGGAUCCAAAGCUGUCUACCAUCAUGGAACAGCCGAUGAGUGCAGCUGUCCAGGACAAGGUGGAGGUGAAGAGGCAAGGGACCGGCAUCUCAGUCAUCCAGCACACUAACUCCCUGAGUAGACCCAACUCAUUUGAUAAGCUGGAGCCCUUCGAAGCAAGCUCCACUGUUUCUUUCCAGGAACUGAGUAGAACUGGGAAGCCUGGGUCUCUGAGAGUGAUGGGAAGCUCGCCAGAGGAAGGCCACCCUUCUCGGGACAUGUCACAUCCUCACCAGCCUGCACUGUCAGAUGCUCUCAGGGGAGAGCUGUGGGAAAGCUCCAGAAAGAUUGCAAGUGAGCGACACGUGUUAGGACCACCCUCGAGACUUGUCCGGCAGCACAAUAUCCAAGUUCCAGAAAUUCUUGUCACAGAAGAGCCAGAUCGGGACCUGGAAACCCAGGGCCAUGAGGAAGAAAAAUCUGAGAAGUUCAGUUGGCCUCAGCGUAGUGAAACCUUGUCAAAGUUGCCAACAGAGAAACUGCCACCCAAAAAGAAAAGACUCCGCCUGACCGAGAUAGAGCACUCCUCCACGGAGUCAAGUUUUGACUCAACUCUCUCCCGGAGUCUAAGCAGAGAGAGCAGCUUAUCACACACCUCGAGUUUCUCAGCCUCCUUAGACAUAGAGGACACUUCUAAAACAGAGGUCUCCCCCAAAAUCGAUUUUCCAAAUAAAGCAGAGUUUCUUUUGAUCCCGCCUGGCUCAAAUACACUGAAUGUCCCUGGAAGUCACCGGGAAAUGAAGCGUGCUGCAUCAGAACAGAUCAAUUGCCUGCCAAUGCUGAUGGAGGUCUCUGACUUCAGAAGUAAGUCAUUCGACUGUGGGAGCAUGACCCCACCCCAGACAGCCCCACCUGCCAAAUCACAGCCUUCAACCCCCCCUUCUAGUGUGGGGGUCCCUGGACAUGUGCCCCUUUUGGAAAGAAGGCGGGGCCCACUGAUCCGACAGAUAUCUUUAAACAUAGCUCCAGAUAGUCAUCUGUUGCCUGGAAGCCUAUCAUCGUUCCAAAAUAUUGCUCUGGCAGUGCCAUUUCAGGGUUCUCAGCUCCCUAACACUUCUCUGGCUGAGUUUCCUGCAAAUACUUUGCAUUCCCAGACUCAAACAAAGGAUCUGCGGGCACAAACAUCAAAUUCUAGCUCUACUAACGUCUUUCCGGUUCAACAGCCUUUCAGUAUCAAUUUGUUAAAUCAAACCCCUGCAACCCUUAGCCACCAAAACACACAGCUGCCUCUGCAAGUGUUUGCAAAGGGAGACAAACCAGAUGCACGAUCCACCAUAUGUGUGUCUUCUCCAAGCCAGGAUUGCUUUGCUCCUAAGUACCAACUUGAGUGUCAGGUCUUCUCUGCAGGUCAAUCCUGUUCUUCUAAUCCUGUCCAUCUUUUGCCCAGUCAAGUUCUUCCAGACCCAGCUGGAGCAGAUCAGUGCAUGGCUACAGUAGCCUUACCAACCAAACUGGUGGAUUCCAUGUCUAACUCGGACCCUUUGCCACCUCUGGGACUCAGGCCACCAGGCCCUCUUCAGGUGCAGAAGGUGCCAUCAUCCUUCAUGCUACCUAUACAUCUGCAGAGUAAUGUUCCCACAUACUGUUUUGCCACUGUCACAUCGCUGCCACAAAUCCUAGUGACUCAAGAUCUCUCCAGCACACCAAUUUGCCAGACUAAUCAAAGUAUAGUACCAACCAGUGAAGAACAAAGUCCCAUGCCAAAAUCACAGGACGAUCACCAGAAUGCUUUGCCAAACCCAGAGGAAGAACUCAUUUGCAAAAAUGUUUUCUCUGAGAUCAGCCAGAGUUCUUUCUCCGAAUCUUUGCCCAUAACUCAGAAAAUGUCUGCUGGUAGACUUUCCCCCCAACAAGAAUCUUCAGUCUCCAGCAAAAGGAUGCUUUCCCCAGCAAACAGCUUAGACAUUGCCAUGGAAAAGCACCAGAAGCGGGCCAAAGAUGAAAAUGGAGCUGUUUGUGCCACGGACAUUAGACCAUUGGAGCCACUGAGUUCAAGAGCAAACGAGGGUAAUAGACAGAAGAAACCAGUUUUAGUGAGACAGCUUUGUACUACAGAGUCCCUCGAAGGAGUGAUAUUGGAGCAGGAUGUUUUUUCUCAGCCUGAAACUAGUAGGGAAGCUAUUAAUUUGACAGCGGUUUUACCAGCUGAUAAUUUGUCAUCAGGACACUCCAAGUUUAUAGUCAUAGAACCUAUCAAUGAAUUGCAAGAAUUUGAAAAUAUUAAGUGUUCUGCAUCAUUAACUCUUACAGUUCAAAAUUCACCUCUCCCUUCAGAAGAUACCCACAUUUCUCCUUUGAAAUCUGUAGGCAAUGGCCAAGAAAGGACAUCUCCAGGGAUUAACAAUCAAAGUGGCAAAGUGAAUGUCCAAGGACAAAGUGAACCACCCACCACCACUCUUCCAUGGCUCAACCCUGCAGACACGCAUCAGCUGUCUUUCCCUAGCCUAAAGACUGCAACCAGCUUUACGUGGUGUUAUCUAUUAAGGCAGAAGUCAUUGCCUUUGCCUCAGAAUGACCAGAAAACUUCAGCCUACACUGACUGGAUAGUAAGCUCCAGUAACCCAAAUCCACUUGGUUUGCCUACAAAAGUUGCUCUUUCUCUCCUUAAUUCAAAACAGAAGACUGGAAAAUCACUAUAUUGUCAAGCAAUAACCACCCACUCUAAAUCAGAUUUACUGGUCUAUUCAAGCAAGUGGAAAAGCAACUUAAGCAAGAUAGCAUUAGAUAAUCAAAAGUCCACAAUAGUUGAAUUCAGCAAUAAAGAUGCCUCUGAAAUUAACAGUGAGCAAGAUAAAGAAAAUUCCUUAAUCAAAAGUGAACCGAGAAGAAUUAAAAUAUUUGAUGGAGGAUAUAAAUCAAAUGAAGAGUAUGUAUAUGUUCGAGGCAGGGGAAGAGGAAAGUACAUUUGUGAAGAAUGUGGAAUACGUUGUAAGAAGCCUAGCAUGUUAAAGAAACACAUACGAACACACACAGACGUUCGCCCCUACCACUGCACGUACUGUAACUUCUCCUUUAAGACUAAAGGAAAUCUGACAAAGCACAUGAAAUCCAAGGCACAUAGCAAGAAAUGUGUGGACUUAGGCGUCUCAGUAGGUUUAAUAGACGAUCAAGAUACAGAAGAAUCAGAUGAGAAACAAAGGUUCAGUUACGAGCGGUCUGGAUAUGAUCUUGAAGAAUCUGAUGGCCCAGAUGAGGACGAUAAUGAGAAUGAAGAGGACGAUGAAGACAGCCAGGCAGAGUCUGUCCUGUCAGCAGCACCCUCAGUCACAGCCAGCCCACAGCAUCUUCCAUCUAGGAGUGGCCUUCAGGACACUGUGAGUGCAGAUGAGGAGCUCCACGUUACUGACUGUUUCUCUGCAGCACACACAGACCCCACGGAUGUCCUGCCCAGGGCGUUACUCACCAAGAUGACUGUUCUGCGAACAGUGCAGUCUGACCACAGCAGGAAGACAAACUCGCCAGGAAAGGUCAGGCAGCAGGCUGCGAAAGAUGAGGAUGGGACAAUCGCUUCUGUAGAGGCUGCCAGGUCACCAGAAGCUGCUCCCAGAUCCCCCUGUCAUCAAAUGUCUGUGGACUACCCCAAGUCAGAGGUUCUGAGAAGUUCUAUGGCUGGAAAGACUGUCACUUCAACACAG